UUUCCUGUUUCGCAGCAUGGAUUUUAUUUUCUACAAACUCGAUAUGUUUAUUGUUGGAAACAGAAAUCCGAAGAAGUUUUUGGAGAAAAAGGAAACGAAAAGCAGUUGAGGUGCUUAUUUGACAUAAUAGCUGAGUUUAAGUCUUGAUAAAGGACAUUCCAUGCGCAGUAAAUGUUAAAUAUAUAUAAUGAUCGUAGUUUAUUUUAUUUAGUUCGAAUAAUGGUGAAUACCUCUAUUGGGAUUGGUACGCAGGAAGUAAAUGUUCAUAACUACAUAUCGCAAGCUAUUUUGUCUUUCAUUCAGUCGACUUAGCAGAACUUACUGACGCUGUGAGUUAGGGAAUAUAAUUAAAAGCGGAAGAUUUUUAUAGUGUUCACCGCAACGGUGUUAACCCUACCGCGUGUGCGAUGGACGAAAACGUAAAUCUGAUCGAUUGUUCUGACAGUCCAUUCCGCUCAAACCCAACCCUCCCUGCUGGCUUCGAUGAUGAUGAUGAACUGCUGAAUGCCGACAUUAUCACUGGAACAGCUUUCAGUAAACAAUGGCUGUUUACUGUUCUUAUGAAACUGAUUCAGGAGGUAGACAAACAGAAUGAACCAGGCAAUGCCGAUUCUGAGUUUGGUGUUGAUGUCAAUGAAGACCUUCAAGAUGAACUCUGUAACCUUUGGGACAUGUCAAUGAAUUCUGAUGUAGUUGUCUUCAUGCAUGAAUUCAAAUCUGUUGAGCUACUCUCUGCUGUGAUUGUUAAAUCCAGGGCUCCAAGAGUGACGGAAAUCUGUGUUGGUAUUCUUGGAAACCUCUCCUGUAAUCCAACCGUCUGUUCAGAGAUGUCAUCAAACCCAGAAUUUAUAAAUAUGGUUUUGUUGUUAUUGGAGAAUCCCGAUGGACUUUGCUUAGUACAGACUGUCAGGUUACUAUAUUGCUGCCUCCAGAGUGAAGAACAUUAUUUGCCAUGGGUUGCUGCUAUCAAAGAUCAAGAAGCCAAUAUUUUAGAACUUAUCAAAUUCAUCAUGGCCAGUUCCACAAAUGUUGAAUUAUUGAAGAACGUUGGCGAAUUAUUAAAUCUGUUGUUUUAUCUCGAAGAUGAACUUUGUGAAAGAUGGAGUACAACAGCCAUGUUGACAGCCAUGUUGGAGGCUGUGAAGGAAAUAGGCUUUCAACCUUGUCCUGCCUUAGAAGUGUUUAUCCACAAUUUUCAACUCAUGUCAUGUUCACAAAACGGUGUCUUGGCUUUGGAAAACAUGUCACAGCCUAUCUUGGAGGUUUUGAUGAAAUACUUAAUGUUUCUCUGUGAUGAACCAAUUGUCCCAGUGGAUUUGAAAGCCAAAUAUCUCGCAGCUAUACUCUCUCUGAUCAAUCUGAUUUUCUUGCAAGGAUCAAAGUUUGAUAUUGGUUCUUUCUACAAAAUUGAGAUGUUUCCGAAAUGUUUAUUCAAAAUCCUGGAA